AUGGAGAAUGGGAAUGAAGGAGCACCUCAGUCUCGGGUGGAUAACCUUGGAUUUUGGAAUGUUAGGGGCCUAAAUAGUCCAUGGAAGCAUUUUGAUCUUAGGAAUUUUAUCCAAAGUCGGAAUGUUAGACUAUUUGGCUACCUAGAAACUAGGGUGAAGACUGGUAAUUUCGCAAAAGUCUACCCUAGAGUAUGUCCAAAUUGGUCAAUUGUUACUAACUAUUCAUCUCAUUAUAGAGGUAGGAUAUGGCUGGUGUGGAGUCCUUCUUAUUUUACUGUUGAUGUGAAAAUGGUGACUGAGUUGAUGAUCUAUGGUGUAGUUAGUCAUAAGGCAUCUAGAGCUCAGUUUUGUUUGAGUUUGGUAUAUGGUCAUAAUGAUAAGGAAAAAAGAAGUGAAUUGUGGAAUGAUUUGAUCAAAUGCAGUAGAGAUGUCAUGAAUACUCAAUGGGUGGUGAUGGGAGAUUUUAAUAAUGUCUUGAAUUUGAAUGAAAGAAUAGGUCAACCUAAUCUAUUCAGUGAAAUUGAAAGAUUCAGGAAUUGUGUGGAUAGUUGUGGUUUGGAUGAUGUUAAAAUGACUGGUCCAUUUUAUACAUGGUCUAAUAAACAGCAGGAGGAGGAUUAUGUGGCUACAGAAUUUGAUAGAGUGUUAGUAAAUGGGCAAUGGGAAUGUGAUUCUGAAAGGUUUCUAAGUAUAAUUGAGGAGGUUUGGAGGGAGCCUACUGUUGGUACUAUGAUGUUUCAAGUUGCCUCUAAAAUGAAGAAACUGAAAAGGGCUUUUAAAGCAUUGAAUAGGCACUAUUUCUCUAAUAUUGAGAUUGAGGCUGAUGCUGCAAAAAAAAAUCUUGAUGAACUUCAAUUGAAACUCAAGAAAGAGGAGGCGUCAACUGCUGAGGAGUUGGUGGCUAGAGAAGUAUUUAUAAGAUUGAAUAAAGCCAGAAUGAGUUUCUUAGCUCAAAAGGCUAAAUCUCACCGGAUGAAUGAGGUCCAGGGAGAAAGUGCUAUUACUGAUGCCUUUGUAGAAUACUAUCAAAAGUUGCUUGGUAGUGCAAAUGGGGUAAGAAUGAAAAUUGGAAGGAGAGUGAUGAAUCUGGGUGCAUCAUUAAAACAAGCUCACCAAGAGUUACUUUGUAUGAGUUUUCAGAAGGAAGAGGUGAAGAAUGCAUUGUUUGAAAUUGGAAACAAUAAGGCUCCUAGCCCUGAUGGGUUCACUAAUCUUUUCUUUAAGCAAGCAUGGCAUAUAGUGGGAGCUGAAGUGACUAAGGCUGUUUUAGAUUUCUUCAGUGGAAUCAAAAUGGUUCUCCCAGGGUUGAUAAAUGAAGCUCAAAGUGCAUUUGAUAUCUUGAGGGGUUAUAACAGGAGAAAUCUUUCCCCUAGAUGCACAAUUAAGGUUGAUCUUCAGAAAGCUUAUGAUUCUAUUGACUGGGGUUUCAUUCAGGACAUGAUGAGUGGUUUGGGUUUUCCAGAGCAGUUUACUAGGUGGGUGAUGGAAUGCAUAACAACACCUAGCUACACCCUGCAUGUGAAAGGAGGUAACCAUGGCUUCUUUAAAGGAGCUUCAGGAAUCAGAAAAGGUGACCCCAUCUCACGUCUCAUUUUUGUGAUUGGAAUGGAAUAUUUGUCAAGGCUACUGAAGAAGAUUGCAGACAAGGAGGAAUUCCGGUUUCAUUACAAAUGCAAGAGACCACAGGUUAAUCACUUGAUUUUUGUUGACGACCUAAUGUUAUUUUGCAAAGGUAACCUCAAUUCAGUGCAAUUGUUAACUCAAGCUUUGCAGCAUUUUGGUCAAGUUUCUGGUUUAGUAGCAAAUCCAGAAAAAAACUGCCAUAUAUUAUGUAUCAUAUUCAUGGAUCCUAAUUCUCGUGGACCACCUGGUUUUUCCAAAGAUGAGGAGAUUGAGACAAUUGGGUCCAACAAGACUACAAUAGAGAGUUCUCUUGUUGUUUCGAGCAAACUUAAACUAAAGAAGCAAUCUCCACCAGAAGCUAAGUAUUAUGCUGACCCUUCUCAUAACACCUCUAAUGCUAUUAGUCACAUUGAAAAAUGGUCUGCUUAUGUUAAGCACAAAGCUGAAAAUCCUAAUGUGUGUUCUGAUUAUGAUCAAAAACUUAUUGUAAAAUGUUCGCCGAAGCCAUAA